AUGGAGUUAGACACAAGGAGUGUGACCUCAGAACCAGCCUCUCCAUUCAAGAGUCCAGGGGAGGAAAAGAUGGAGGUCACUUCUGAACUGAGCAGCUCAGACUGGCAGAGCAGGGACAGUGGGUUCUUUGAAAGAGGCAUUAAAACAAUGUUAAGCAUCCGGAAAUCAAGACGGAGUCUGAAGAAAGAGAAAGGGAAGGAAGAUAGUGGCACUUGGAAUGCAAAAAGGCUUCUGCAAACACUCAGGAGCUAUGAGGAGAACAAACCCACAAUCUGUAAUAGCAUGGAGAAGGUUGGUGAAAUAUGUGAGCCCAUUGAAGCAAAACCUCUUUCAGUAAUGGAAAUCAAUGAACUCAUUCAGAAAAGACAACUUUUGCAAGCAUUUGCAAGUAUCAAGCUAAUGGAAGAUGAAACCAUCUCUGAAUGGGAUUCUGAGAAAUACAGAGAUAACCCCCAGGAGCUUGUACGGAAAUCCAAGGAUGUGGAUUUGCUUUAUAACUCCAUCACAAAUGCAAUCAAAUCCAUAGUGGAAGAAACACUGGAGGACCCCAAUUUACAGCAUACCAUGCUGACCUCCAUGGUGACUUUAAUUGCCCUUGAAGAAGCAGCUCAUUCCAGCACAGACAGUGCUGCUCGUCCUGGCUCAGAUUUGCUGGGCAGGCCCAGAAAGUGGAGGGAGCAAUGGAGGGAAGCUGUCAAUGAGAGUGCAAGAAAAAGAGUCCUGAAGGCACCCAUGGCAUCAAGGGAAGAAGAAACUUCUUGGCUUCAUCUCCACUUACAUUUUCUCCAGGAGCACCUGAAGGAAGAUUUACUGAAAAUCAAGUCAUCAGUAAAAAAAUGCUAUCCAGAGGAGUACCAGGUGUGUGACACAUAUGUGGGAGCUUUUCACGAUGCCAUUGCCUCACAUUUGCAAGAACUCUCCCAGGGACCAUUGGACUUCCAUGAGCUCUACACCUUGCUUAACUGGGUGGCCAACACCUACCACAGUGAAUUCUUUCUGGGUCAUCCUGAGCUCAAACCAGAGGUUAAGACAGAAAACCUGUCCUUGCUGUUAACACCAGCUGAUUGGGAUAAACUGAAAAACAACUACAUUGCUUCUGCAAAGGAGAAAAUCAAAAGUUGUUUUGGAAACAUCCUGAGACUGGAGGUCACAGAGAAGUGGGAGAAGGAAGUUCGUUUAGAAGAGGAGGAAAACCUCUACCACGCCUCAGUCUCUUUUGAUAUUCAAACGAUCAUUGGGGAGCACGUGAAGUCAUCUGGAGCUAUCAGUGGAGGCCUGGAAACAAAAAUGCUUGAGUUGUGCAUGGCAGAGCUGCUUGAAUUCAUACCAAGGUUUGAGCAGGAGUUCAUGGCGUGGAGCACUGCCCAGGACAGCCCCAGCUUUGUGCCCCACCUUGUUGCCUACAUCAACAGCUUCCAUGACCUGGUGUCAGGGCUGGAAACAGUGUUUAAAGUCAAUACUGAGGAGCUGCAGAAGAUUUUGGCAACUCUGACAAGGAACUUCACAAAUAUUUUUUUAACAAAAUUAAGAACAAAAACACAGCCACUCCUUAAGAAAAUCCUGACCAAGAGCUGGAUUUUGGCGACGGAAAGGCCGGACUCUCUGGCGUUGGCAGUCUCGCAGUUCUCCGAGCACCUGCAGCACAUGAGGGAGCCCCUGGGGCAGGACCUUCUACAUGAAGUUCAUAAAUACGUGGUGAAGGAAUAUGUCACACAGAUCAUCAAACCCAGAUGGAAAAUGAAUAAGGACACACGUCAGCAAGUGAGCAGAAAGAUGAGCCAGGAAGCUGCAAUCAUUCACAAUGCACUCAUUGAUCAGGGCUCCAAAGCUGACUGGCUCCUCCCUGCCAUCUAUCACAUUGCCAGUAUUAUUGGGGAGAAGAAAAAAGACAAGAUCAAGGCAUAUGUCAAGGAGCUGUGCCAGGACUAUCCAGAUAUCAGGAAGGAGCACAUCCUGGCCAUCCUGGCACUCCGGGUGCUGGGGCGCACCAGGAGAGCGGCGAUUUUGCGGCAAGUGUGCCAAGCACAGGAGAGCUCCAACGGAGGGAAGGGCGGCGCACUCUUCGCUGAAAUUGAUGUUCCAGUAAUCUGCAGCUGCUUCUAA